AUCAUAUUCAUAACAUAUGGGCCUAGGCUGUGCCUUUUGGUGUAUGAAAUUGCGCACUUUGCAAGGAAUUUGUUCGGAGAAGUAGAUUUCAUGGUGGGGAAGAUGGCAACGUUCCCUUUUCUGGGGAUGACUGUUUUCGUUGCUCUUAUUGCUUUUUUAACUUUUCACUUCAAAUUCAACUCUGGACAGAGAUUGUUCAGUCCUGAAGAACUUGCGUUGUACAAUGGAACCGAUGAAAGUUUGCCAAUCCUUCUAGGAAUUAUCGGAUCUGUGUUUGAUGUAACAAAAGGAAAAUCUCAUUAUGGUUCAGGAGGCGGAUACAAUCAUUUUGCUGGAAGGGACGCUUCUCGUGCAUUUGUCUCUGGGAACUUCACAGGAGAGGGACUCACAGACUCAUUGCGUGGUUUAUCUAGCACUGAGGUGAAGAGCAUUGUUGAAUGGAGGAACUUCUACUUUAAAACCUACAAGUAUGUUGGUAAGGUUGUUGGUCGAUACUAUGAUACCCAAGGGCAUCCUACUAAAUAUUUGAAAGGUGUUGAAGCAAAGGCUGCUAGAGGCGCACAACUUUUGGAAAAGCAGAAGAUCGAAGAGUCUAAACAACCUAGUUGUAAUUCAAGAUGGAGUCAAGAUGAGGGUGGAGAGGUAUGGUGUGAUGCCGGCUUCCCGAGGCUUGUUCAGAGGCCUCUUGAGAUUGCUUUGACUGGAAAAAUGAGUAAACGUUGUGCCUGCUUUGAAGAAAAUCAACUGAGCCAAACAGGCUUAGAGGUGUAUGCUGGCUGUGAUUUUCAUGCCAAAAGGUGCAAAGUCUUGAACUAACAUAUGAUGAUGAUGAUGAUUAUUAUUAUUAUGGCCUUUCGUUUGGCCGGGACAUAAAAUUACUCAUUGGUGGGUGUGAUUUGUGGGAUUUUGAUUUGUAUAUUAAGAGAUGAACAUAGAAAAUCAACUAGAUCUAGUUUGAUUCUUGUAUAGAGCAACUCUGGAUUGAGUUUGAAAACUUCUGUUUAUUUUUAAUAUUAAUGACCCAAAAAGAGAGAUCAAGAGGAAA